CGUUAACUGGUCGCGACCAGUUCUCUUCCGGCAGUAAACGUAUCAAAACUUGUAUUUACGCUGAUUCUGUUAGCAUUCUUUGUUGGAUCAGAUUUCCGCCAUGUACAUCAAAACGAUCAAAUAUCUUGCUGUGGUAGUAAGUCUAAUGUUUGGCGCAUUUGUACGCACGCAUCAGCUGUUGCGUACUGCUCCACAAACUGCUGUGCAUCCAGAGAGCAGCAGGAGAUUUCAAGAAAUUGCCGAAGGAUUGGAUGGUUCUCUGUUUGCUUUGGACCAGCACGGGACGGUGCACACAUUUAAUCUCCAUAAUGUCGGAAUAUCCAACGACUCGUCAUUAUUUUCGACAUUGCUGGCCAGGAUAUCUUCCACUGAUUCCUCGCCGCCAUGUAGCCAAAUCCUUUUGGUCAAGAAAAACGGGACAGAGGCUUCUCUGAUAGCGUGUAAUCAAGGGACAUGUGCAAUAUCCACUGAAGAUAACUUUACGAAUUUUAUACAUCUGAAUAACCCCACCCUUUUUGCAAACCGGCAGCUUGCUGUUUCCGUCGCGGACCACUUUGACGACCGUUAUUAUUAUAUCGCAGCCGAAGACAACGGGUUUCGCAAUUCAUCGGAUGCGAUCCCGGUUCUUAGCAUUCGUCAAGUAAAGACCAAUCCCGCUGGCGACCAUGCCUCACAAUUUGUCAGCGUAGUCGAAUUAUCAAUCAACAAAACUUUCCGCCAGAAAAAUCCAUGGAAGAUCAAACCGGUAUUUCUGCAUAUACUGCCGACGAAACCACAUCCAUUUGGUUAUCUGAUCACCAUGCAGACCUCACGGCGGCCGGGGCGGUCGUUCGAGGCACGUCUCGGUCGAUUCUGUGCGGACGACUUAUCGCUUCAGUCAUACAGCGAAAUGACCAUUCAAUGUGGAGGUUCCUACACUGUAGCUAUCAGUGCAAGUGUGUUGGUGCUGGAAGGAAAAACCUUCCUCGGUGUGGUCUUCGGGAAACAUGUGCCAUUUUCAUGGGAAGUGGCGAAAGGAUUCAACACCGCCCUGUGUGUAUUUAGCCUGGAUGACAUAAAUCGCCGUUUUGACGAAGCCUUUGAUAAAUGUAAAGAUUACGCUUACAAAAGUACCGACCCACAGGAUCAGCGCAGGAGUAAAUUGCCCUGGAUUACUGGAUUGGAUUCUCGAGGUGAUCCCCUCCUGUGCCACCAGAGUGCGAUGCCGAUGUGCUCCCAGUCGCGAGUUCCCAAUGGUUUCAUCGAUGUCAAAACUGUGUUAGAUGGAAGCGAAUGUCUGGUGCGCUCGGAUGUUCGUGCUAUGCGACUUGUCAGCGUCGGGAUUGUUUCCGAUAUAGGAAGCAGAAAGGAUACGUUGGCCGUAAUGUUCGUGGACAAUUCAACGCUCCGUUUAACUGAACUGUUAGUAUCGAAAGACCAAUGCCAGGCAAGGGUAUUGUCCAGCGUGCCAACGCAAGUGAUAAGCCGGCGCCGGACCGAUCCGCACGAGUUUGUCCCGUCACUGCGCACAGACUCUUCUGGUCCUUCCUUUUACGUCGUAGCUACCAAAAACAAGAUUAUGUCGUUCCCGAUUGGCUGUGGCAUGCAUGCAACUUGCAGCCAGUGCCUGCAAGCUUCCAAGCGGAUGGGAUGCGGCUGGUGCGAUACAGGAUACUGCAGCGCAAAAGGUACCUGUACAGCCGCAUGGUCGACUCACAAAUGUGCGCCUGUCAUCGAAACCUUUUAUCCGGUGAAUGGAAGUCUCGCUGGUGGCACCGAGGUUACUAUUAAAGGUCAAUUGUUCGGCUCCAGGGAUGCUAACUUAACGGUUAAUAUCGCCGGAAUCCCAUGUCAAGCCCUUAAAAAAAUAAAUGACAACGAAGUUCAUUGCGAGACUUCACCGUCGUCAGUACCAAUCCAAGGGUCGGUUGAAAUUUACGUGGAGGAAAAUCGCACGCACAGCGCUCAGUUUGAUAUAAGCGGCAAACAUAUUCUGCACCAAGAGGGUUUUCGUUAUCUGGUUCCCAGUAUGACGCGCAUAGUGCCAGGUUUUGGCCCGAAAACUGGCAAUACGCGCCUGACGAUUUUCGGUGAGAACUUGUUGAUAGGUAACAAACAAGAGAUUUUCGUAGCCGGAAUUCCCUGCCAAAUGGAACUCGUUACCACGACAAGCAUAGUGUGCUACACUGGCCAAUCUCGGAACUCCCAGAAAGGUGCAGUAAAGUUGUUUAUCGAUGGAAACAAGUUUCUGACCACAAACGAAUCGGUGAGGUUCCAUUAUCGGAAUGAACCGAUAUUCGACCAGCCAAAUUCCAAGCUACGAAUAACAUUGAGCGGAUAUAAUACGUUAGCGUUCCGUGGAGCAAAUCUAGAUUCGUUUAGUGUAACUCCCGUUUUACUAUUGGAAGGAACAACGGUGGCACGAAACUAUUUUCAUCUGACUAAGGAUUGUUUGCCUAUCCAUCAAGCAACAGAAAUUCAGUGUCCCGCUGUCUCCAUGAAAGCGGAAAUCGGAGGCAUCGAUAAUAUACUUAAUGCAUCCGUCACCUUAGUCGGAAACGAAUUAGAGAAAAUAUCAGUUCCUGUUUUUGAAUACAGAAAAUACCAACUCCAGAUUAUACCCGAUCCACUGGUCACACCAUGGGAGGGCGAGCAAAAUGCUGAGUACAGCACUCGACAAGGUGGACAGUUUAUAAUCAGAGUUUGUGGCAAACAUUUGAAUACAGUUUUAACGGAAAAAGACUACCGAAUAACCAUUGAUGGAAACGAAUGUCCUGUCAGCAAACUGCACGAGGAUGCAUUGGAAUGUCGAAUUAGCUCCACAUCAGAGGUGACGGAUAAGGGCUCUGCCAUUGUUUUGUUUACAGCAGGCCUUAAUUCUUCGGUGCAGCUAGGACUAGUCAACUUUACUCUGCCAGUCAUUCCACUGUUACUGAACAACCCCAACCACUCAGCUGCACAAAACAGUCGAACUGUUAUAAUAAUCCUCUUGGCCUUUGGCGGCUUUGCUGCUGUAACUGCUGCAGCGGUACUUGCCGGUCUUCUUCUGCAUCGCUCCAGAAAAACUAUUGCAGCGGAAGCUGCAGCAACCGAAAUGGCUUCACUGAUGCCUAAGACACUUUAUGACGAAUAUAAAGCGGACAAGUUGAUUAUCCACCCGAAGAGAUUACGGUGUACCCGCGUACUGGGUCAGGGAAACUUUGGAACUGUUUACGAGGGCGUGCUGCGAGGGAGAUCGGGGUCGUGGUUGGCCAGGAUAUGUGCACCGAACAUGCGCGUUGCUGUUAAAACGAUUUACGACUGUACCCCAGAAAUGGCCCAAAGUAGCACGAAGAAACUAAUGGAGGAAGGACUAAUCAUGACAAACCUCAGCCAUAAAAACAUCGUGAUGCUGUACGGCGUUUGUCUCUACUCGUCCGAUGGAGUACUUAACCAACCAGGACUGGUCAUGCCGUUUAUGAGUAACGGCGAUUUGCAUUCUUAUGUUAAGAAACAUGAUGUCUCCUUAAGAGAUGUCCUAAAAUUCUCUGCUCAGAUCGCCGACGGGAUGGCGUACCUGUCUGGUCAAAGAAUUCUGCACCGAGAUCUCGCCGCAAGAAACUGCUUGCUUGACGAAAACCUCGACGUCCGCAUUUCGGAUUUCGGACACUCUCGUGACCUCUACGAGCAAAAUUUAUAUUUCGAUCCAAAUUCAAAGACUCGCCUGGCGUAUCAUUGGUUAGCGCCGGAAUGCGCUUACCGUGAUUACUCUACAGAAUGUGAUGUGUGGAGCUUUGGAAUCGUAAUUUGGGAACUCUUAGAGCGUGGAGAACAUCCUUACGGAAACUUGGAUAUUUUGACCGUCCUGGAGUUGCUUGAUAAAGGCUGCCGAUUGGCUCAACCAGCGAUUUGUCCGCCUGAACUGUACAGUCUGAUGUGUGCCUGCUGGCAUAUCGAGCCGAAGAUGCGUCCGGACUUUCAGUGCCUGUGUGCCGAUCUACUUGCUAUGCAGAAUGGUCUUUACCAUGUCCUGUCGCGCUGCGAGAGUAAUAUACCUUCGGACCAUCAGAUCCAGACUUCUCCAAGCGUGGUUGUUAAUACAGUUUAUACCGACGUCGGACAAGUAGUUCAUUAAAUUUGUUUGAUUAUAAAAUCCUGAGUGGUUGGGCGGUUAAGGGAAAUUCCGACACUAAAUGUCGCUAAUUCUGUUGAAGUAAGCAGUACAUUUCAUUAAUCUAGCCUACUCUGGAUCCAGUGAUGCGCUGGUCGAGGUCGUGCUGCUCCUGAAACUGUACUUUUAAUCUAUUGCUUCUCCCAAUAUUGUAACCCUGAUUCAUUUCCGAAUUUUAAAAUCCGAUCUUCCAUACAAGUAUUGUAGGUGUAGUAUUGGACUGGUAUUUUUUGGCAGAAUUGUUUUUCACCUAUAAUCAUUUUAGCAUUGCUUGAAACGGAAACGUUUCGCUUGUGCGACAAGGAUCACUCCAUUCUUCCUUCUUUUGAAACGAAAUCGCGCAUGAUGGGACGUAAUGCCGGACCGGUUAUGGCACCGAACCAUUUUUAUUCGUCAGUCGUAGAGAGUAGGCAAAUAGAAAAAACUUUACCAUCGGUUUGAGUUGUCAUUUUUAGAGCAGCAUUUACUUCAGUAUCAGACAGUCUUGACAACACCUUGGAAGCAGUGCUCAAGAUAAGUGCUUGUACGUAGAAUGCGGUAGAGAAAUUCCACUUUUUAAAUUUCCUUGGUUAUGGCCGCAUGACUUCCUAGAUAAUCCAAGAACUGGAUGUAUUUCUCCCAGCAUAACUGAUUAGGGGCUGAGUAAAUGUGUAAAUCUUUCUUUGCCGAAAAGUGGGGAUGCUGUUCCGAAAUGAGAAGAAGGCCCUUCUGACACACAACUACAAUUCCAUCGGGAUAGGGAUCAUGUUCAGGCGGAAGAACAAGGACCUGGCGCUGCAGCAGAAUAUGAUCGUACAUGUUAGACAUAAGUGCGUCACACCCCGGGCCGCCAUCGCUUUGGAUUAUGAAGCUGGUUGCUGUUGUCCGCCGAUAUGUUUUGAGCGGGAAAUCUAAAUUUCCAUUGCGACACUUCAGCUGCAGUGGCUGAUCUUUGGAACAUACAAGCGACGACCUCAACCAUUGUUC